AUGUUCUUCUCGCAUCUCGGAAAGAAGAACGGCGGCCCUACAGCAAAGUCUUCCGAUGUCAAACGCAAAGUGACCAAGGUCAAAACCCGCAAGCCAGUGGUUACGUCGGUUUCCAAAUCGCCGUCUCCUAGUAAGACGGCUCCUCCACCCGCCACAGCAGCAGCAGCAGCAACAGCAGCAGCCAAGCCUUCGACGCCUCGAAAAAGUCGACGAAAGACGCCAAACAUUUACCAGCUGUCGAAGAGCUCGUUGUCCGAGGUAGACACUGAAGAAAGUGAGCGUGAAGUGAGCUCUUCUCUCUCAACUCCGGGGCUCUAUGAACUCGUGCCCCGAGAUAUUGUGACAGCUGGCUUUGGAUCGGCCGAACUCGCCACCUCCAUCCACAUCACUAACGCCUCCGAAUCGGGCAACUUGAGCAUGACGGACAUUUACGAGCCCGUGUCGACCGACAAGUCGCUCAGUGACCGGGUGAAACUGGGGGCACUGUCAUGUGACUUCGUCGAGGACUACAGUCUCAUCAAACCCAAGGUCCCCGGCGAGUUUGAGCCCGUGCGAGAGAUUCUCAGCAUUAUGGAAAUGACAGCUCUGCAUUUCGUGGACAAGGGCGCGUCGGAGGAAAUCAAACAUCCGGUCAUGGAUGACUGCAUCAUGAGACGGUUCAGACGAUCGUACGAGGGAGGCGAUCUGGAAGGCAUGAAGACUUCCAUGAAGGAGUUUGACGAGGUGGUGAAGACACAGCGAGCCGAGGGCGCCAUUCUGGCCAACCUCAAACAGCUCACUGCAGUACCUCAGGACCUAGCAUACUUUCUACUCAACCAGGUGUACAGCCGAAUCGUGUCGCCGGAAUCUAAAAGCCUACGGGACUACAAGGCAUUUUCCAACAACGUCUACGGCGAACUCAUGCCCCCAUUCAUGUCCACAGUGUUCCAGAAGACAGACUUGCAGCCCAGUUCUGUGUUUGUGGACCUUGGAUCGGGAGUGGGAAACUGCACAUUACAGGCUGCUUUGGAGGUGGGCUGCGAGAGUUGGGGAUGCGAAGUGAUGACCAACGCUUCGAGUCUGGCAGAAAAGCAGAAAAUAGAGCUUUACAGUCGGGCCAAGAUGUUUGGAAUCAAGACCGGAGACAUUCAUUUGGUGGCGAGUAGUUUUGUGCAUAACGACGAGGUGCAUUCGGCCAUCUCUCGCGCAGAUGUAUUGCUGGUAAAUAACUAUGCAUUUGACGGCACUCUCAACGCGCAUUUGCUAGACAUGUUUUUGGAUCUCAAGGAGGGAUGCAAGAUUGUUUCGCUCAAGUCGUUUGUGCCAGUAGGCCAUGUCAUUUCCGAACAUAACAUUGAGUCGCCUGUCAACAUUUUGAAGGUACAAAAGUUGGACUUUUACUCGGGCUCCGUCUCCUGGACGGCUGCAGGAGGAACAUAUUACAUUUCGACCGUGGACAGAAGUGCCAUCAAGGCGUUUUUGUCGAAGGGUGGAUAUUAA